AUGACUCUUCCAGCCCGCAAGAAGGCUCGCGUCGACUCUGGGUCGUCGGGAGCCUCGGCCGAUGCGGCAAGUGCCUUGCAAUCUACGGCCAUGGAACGACGCCUGAAGAAACGAGAGUCCGACCGCAAGUGCCAACGUAUCUCACGGGAACGAACAAAGUCUCGAAUUGCCCAGUUGGAAAAGCUCGUCGAAGAACUUAGCCAGGCGGACGACUCUGGAAAGGUCGCAGCUUUGCUAGAGACGGUCUCGCAACUACAACAAGAACGCGAUAACCUUGCCAACAAACUCAAAAGCAUCGAAAGCAUUCUGUUUCCCGGAGAACCUCCCACCAAAGUGAAAGUUCCAAAGGUGGAGGGUAGCCCCUCGUCGAAUCUCAAUUUAUCCUCGCUCGCUGCUGAACCUGAGCAUGACGCGGAGGUGGUCAGCACAGCCACGGAGGUACCGGAGGGAAGCGCUCAGGGAAUUUCAGGGCCAGUCGUCAAUCCCAAGCACAUCACUGGUACCGCUGAAGAUUCACAAAGGAUGGUUUUGCAAGAAAGGAGUCUGCGAAACGAUCAGUACAUGCCACUGCUGGCCCCUAUCGGUGGAUUCGUCUGUGAAUGCAGCUACGCGAGAUCCCUCCAAAAGCAGACCCUCAACUUCUGGUAUCAAGGCAACAUGACCCUCGGGGCGUGGAUGAAGUGGCCCAAGUUGGUUCCCGCCGUGUCUGACGACGACCCGUUCCACGACGACACGCCGGUCCGCGCCAUCAUCGAGGGAUGGGACGCCGUAGAGCAACGAGGUCACGUCCACCCGAUGUGGCGCCUGCUCCGCACCAUGGACGAGGGACUCUUCAGCCAUGCCGAAACCGCCACAAGUCGGCUUGGUAUUUUGGGCAACGUCAGUCGAGUGCUGCGGGCUCACCUCGAUACAACACACAAACAGCUGAAACAACUCCCAACUUACUGGCCAAGCAGAGUCACCGCUGAGCACUGCGCGUACGCUACAAAUUUUGUUGCAUGGCCCGGCGUUCGCCAAGCGCUGGAUCGCGACGAGCAUCGGUUCUGCUCGAACCACUUCUGGACCGUUUUCAUCAACAGCAUGCGAGUCGAAUGGCCCUACGAGUUUCGCGAUUGCUACCUCCUCAACUCGGCCACCGGUCUCUACAAACUUUCUCCGCUCUUCGACGAGACCAUCAAGGACAUUCGGAAGAUCGGCGUCUGCAAGUCCUUUUUCCAGCACUAUCCCGAGCUCGAGGGCGCGGUAAACGUAAUAUACGAGAACCCAUCACACGUUGAGUGUGUGACGGCCGCUCGGUGUGCCCAGGUGGAUGUCAACGGUUUGGAUCUGGGCCUGAAGGUGGCCAAGGCGCGGGGUCCGUCAACGGGGAUUGUCGCAACAGGGCAAAAGCCUUCGACGGCGCUGGCAUCGGGUCUUUUUGACCAGCAGGCAUCCUGGGAUUUGUUGGAUGCAAUUCCGGAACUGUCUUUGAUUCCAAAUCGAGAUUUUGUCUGA